AGUGCUACCGCCUCUCACUCCGAAGACAAAUAUAAUACUCUUAUUUUUCAAAACAAGAGAGAAGGACAACGGCGAAAUACGAAAACGAUCUCAGUCUCUUCUAAGUUCCGACCGCCCAAGAUGGCAUCAACCGUGAAGGACGACGUCGAUCGAUUGUUUGAAUGCUUCAAGUGCGGCGUUUCUCCUCCUCAAUCUGCUGUGAGACGAGAAAAGAAAAGAAAAAGUAAGAUGAAGCCCGAGUGUUCAGUAAACUCUGAGACUCCAGUUUCUGGACCGGUUGAAGAAAGGGAGGAAAAUGCAUCAAGCGUUCAAGAUACUGUGGAGAAAAUUGGUUUGACAAGUAAAGAUAAAGGUUCUCGUUCUAAGUUCUCUCCAAUCAUAUUUUAUGGUUCGCCCAGAGGCGUCCCUCCAAAGAGGCCAUCUAGUUUGUGGAGAUUAUUGCGUGAAAUCCGCGUCGAUCUUUCUGAGCAAAGUAGAUUCAAGUUAAGCAAGCAAGUGUGGGCUACAUUUCCCAGACAAGAAGAAGCAAUUAAGUUUGCGAGAGAGCACAUUGAUGUUCAUAUUUUUAGUUAUCAAGAUCACUUUAAUGGACAAAGGAGAUUUCUAGUUUCAUCUUACAGUGAGUUCUGGCAUAGGUAUAAAAGUAUGGAUGCGAAAUGUCGACACCAUUAUGAAGUGAUUCAAGAGGGUGCUCCAUGCCACCUUUAUUUUGAUUUGGAGUACAGUAAAAGAAUCAAUAUGGGAAAAAAUGGAGACGAAAUGGUUGAUUCCUUGAUAUCAGUUGUUCUGCAAGCCUUAAAUGAGAAGUAUUCAAUUCAAGGAAGCUUUGACUGGGUACUAGAGCUUGAUUCCUCAAACGAAGAGAAGUUCUCUCGCCACCUGAUAAUCCGCAUACCAAAAGUUGCUUUUAAGGAUAAUUCACAUGCUGGAGCAUUUGUUGGUGAGAUAUGUUCACGGAUUUGUUGUGCAAAAGUGGAAGGGAAAUACGAGGAACUGUUUAUAAAAAAAGAUUCAAGCUCCACUGAAUCUCCCAGCCAUCUGUUUGUGGACAAUGCAGUUUAUUCAAGAAAUCGUUGCUUUCGUUUAGCUUUGUCAUCAAAGGCAGGGAAGACUUCUGUCCUCCUACCUUCGGGGAGACAUGCUUAUACAAAAAUGUGUGAGGAAGACAUGUUCAUGGCAUCCUUGAUCUGCAACGUUGAUGCUGAAUGUGAGAAGCUUCUGGUUUGCAAAAUGGAUUUAGACUGCAUAAAGACAUUGCAAUUUGAGACGGAGGAGAAAUGUAAUUUUGGACGCAAUGUCAGUUUCACCCAAGAAGCAGUGUUGACUGGUUCCAUGAGAGAUAUUUCAGCAACUUCUUGCAUGGGAAAAUCUCCAUUUCCAGAUGUGGAUAAGUUUGUUCAAUCAGUUGCCUCCACUGGAAGUGUAGCAGGAAAAAUACGCUGCUGGUACUGGUUCUCAGAAUAUGGACUAAUAGUCUACAGUAUGUCCCGAAAUAGAUACUGUGAACGAAUUGGUCGAGAACACAAAAGCAAUCAUGUGAUGUAUGUUGUCGACCUUAGGAGCGCUGCCUAUUAUCAGAAGUGUCACGAUCCAGAUUGUAGAGGUUAUCGAUCUCCUCUGCGUCCCAUCCCAAUUGAUGCCAUUCCUAGUCCAUGGGUUUCCACGGAUUCAGGACAGAUAUCAAAUGACAUGGUGUCAACCGAUGAUUGCAUUGACUAUCAAUUUCCAAGCAACGAUGAAAAUUGUCUUUUGCUUUUCAGUGAUAAGAACAUUACAGAUAGCAGCGUCAAGGAUUCCUGGUGGCUUGAAGUGAUGAGAGUGGCAGACGAUGUUGAAAACAAACGGAACAUGGUCCUUGGAAAACUAGACUUCGAAGACGAUGACUGGUGGAUGGCUGUGGAAAACUCAGUAAAAGAUUUGUCCACUUGAAAAGUCAGGACAGGAUGACAAAUGCAAUCUCUUAGAAACCAACAACCAUAAAGAAAUUAUUAUCCUUUGGAAGCACUGGUAUUGAACUUUCCCAGACACACGAGGUAGAUCAAGUGAAGAGGCAACCAAUUGCUCAUCCAAUACUGAACCUUGUCGGAUACUUGGCAACACUUUUAGGCGUGGUUCCUUAGAAUGUUGGCUCUGUGCAAAUUCUACUAGGAAAAUUGCAUUCUGUUCAUCCAAUAACAAACCUUGUUGGAUAUGUAGCAAUUACAGGCGUGGUUCCUUAGAAUGUAAAGGCCUAUACGUAACUAGCUGUGGAGUUUAGGAUGUGAUUUUACUCAUGAAACGUAUGGUAUGAUGAGAGGCAAAUGUAGUGUUGAAGUUUUUAUGCUCUAGAUGCAAAGCUUACCAGGACUGCAAGAGUUCUCCAGGCUUUUUUUUUUCCUUUCAUUGUAUAAAAUUAACCUUUUGAGCCGUUUCUACUUCUUUAGUAGUAAAAGAUCCAGGGUUUAUUUAUUUAGCA